AUGCUCGUGCGUAUUUCGGUUGCAGCUGUGGCUUCGGCCGGGCUUGUCGUAGCCCAGGCUCCUUCAGAUGAUAGUACUCACUACACGCUUGCCUCCUUCGCCUUUAUUCGAACUGGAGAACGGACACCCAUUCUACGAAACAAUACCCAGGUCCUGACGGCGCUAGGCGCCCAACAAAUGUACACGCUCGGAGAAAACUUCAGAACAAGAUACAUUGCUGGCGACUCGCCAAACAAGCUUGGUGUAGAGCAUGUUGCAGGAAUGUCAGUCGAUGUCAUAGACAAUGACCAGAUAAGAGUUCAAACUCUGGAAAAACCGUACCUUGUUUCUUCUGCACAGGCAUUUAUGCAGGGACUAUAUCCUCCGAACAGCAAUUCCAACGGAACCGGACAAGUCGCUAGCCGCCUUGCAGAUGGCACCCAGGUUGACUACCCGCUCAACGGAUACCAGUAUGCUGGUAUCCAAGCUGCUGCACUGGAAGACCCAGACUCAAGAUUCGUUUCUGGAUCGCAAAACUGUCCUCUUGCGCAAGUAGCUGCGCUGAACUUUUUCGAAACAGAAAAGUUCAAGGAAACGGAGGCGGCCAAUGCCGAUUUGUUCAAGAAAUUGAACAUAGAUUGGCUGGAAGGCACACUUCCCGAGGCAUAUUUUAAUGCUCGCUCGGCUCUUGAGAUAUCCGACUACAUCUCUUACCAAUACUCGCACAACUCCAGCGUCUACAAGGCCCUAUCAGCAAACGACUCUGACUACACUGGUGCCUAUGACCAGCUCAGCCAUCUUGCCGACGAAGUUGCCUGGCACCUCUACGGCAACGCAUCCGACCUAUCAACGGAUGCAAACUACCAAGCCAUCGGAGGCAAGACACUCGCCAGCUCCAUCCUCAACACCUUCAAACUCCAAGUCCCGGAUAAAACCAGCCCGAGCAACUCGAGCACCCCAUCCCCGCGCCUAACCUUUUACUUUGGCGAGGAAGACGCAAUGCUAGGUCUCAACUCGCUCCUCAACCUCGACACCAAAUCCCCAUCUUUCAAAUCCAUCCCUUCCUACGCCUCCUCCCUCAUCUUCGAGCUCUUCAGCACAACCAAAGACCAGAACCCCAAACCCGAAAACCUCUGGGUCCGCUUCUCCUUCCACAACGCCACCACAGAUGACAAACAACUCGUCGCAUACCCUCUAUUCAACCACGGCCCCUCAAACACAGACAUGUCCUGGACCGAAUUCGAGCGCCAAUUCAGCGCAAUGGCCGUAUCCGGCAUAUCGGACUGGUGCCGCACAUGCAACAGCGGCAGCCUAUUCUGCUGGGGCGCCGAAGCAAAAAAGAGUCUCGAUGACUUACCUUCUUCCUCCCCUUCCUCCAUCCGCGAACUCAAAUCCCGCCUUUCACCCGUCGUAGGCGGAAUCAUUGGCGCCGUCGUCACGCUCGUCGUCGCUGCCAUUGUUUUCGCCCUCGUCAUGGUGUUUGGCGGUGUGCGCGUGCACCGGCCGCAACGCAGCGUCAAUCAUGACAACGAUGGUAGUGCUAAGGGAAGGGGAUUAGGAGGUUUCAAGGGCGUGGCGAAACUUGCUUCCGAUGCCGAUUUGAGACUUACGAGUGAGGGUGCGGCGGGUGCGGAUGCGAAAAGGGGGCAUGAAAGGAUUGGGAGUUGGGAGUUGAAACAAAAGGAUUUUGGCAAUGGCGAGGAAGUGAGUCGGAAGAGUAGUUUUGAGAGGAUUGAUGGGGUUGUUGCGGCGAGGGUGGAGCCGGUUCAGAGGCUUUGA